GGUUGCUUAGCGACAGAUUGUUGUUGAUCAAUAUUAUAAAAUGUCAAAUAUUUAUGGAAAACCUGGUUAUCCUUGUGAUUAAACUAUAUUUUUAAUGUAUAGCACAUUUUGUUAAAGAUAAAUGGGUUGAUAAUGGGUCUUUACAAGCUAUUUAGUUAUAAUGUUGAAGUUCAAUACAUGAGUUGUUUUCUAUCGAAGGCUACGCUUUUUACUUUAACUACUACCAUUUUGAACUUUAUUUUACCUUUCAUAAUAGCUUACAGAGGCAGAGGCUUUUGGCUUCGAUCUCACAGUUUUUAUGAGCAGCCAGUAGUACAAUUUACGUACGAAUACUUACUGGUAGCGGAGACUGAUGAUCCCACUGUAUCCAUACAAUGUGGUGCAACUAAUGAAAGUUUUGGAGAUUUUAUGAAAAAUGAAGAGAACUGUGUCGAGUUCCAAGUACAAGAAUAUGAUGUCACUGGAGACAAAAAUAAUGAUGUAUUAGAUUUUAAAUUCUUCAUUAAUGUUCCACAGGACAGAACAGUCACAUCACUUAUUUUAAUGUUAGGUUUAAAUUUUCAGUUAAAGUCAGUCUGUCCACUACAAAUGCAGAGUUUGGCAUUAGUGAAUAAGGAAUUCACAACACCACCUUCAGGGUUCAAAUAUUUUGCUGAUCUUGAGUUCUAUCAAACAGCACACUUACCCUGCAAACACAACCUCAUGCACACUAAAUAUAACAGUUCUGUAUUUAAUUAUGAUAUAAAGAAACCUGGAAAUACAAUAGACUAUAUACUGGAGAAGUACUAUAUGAGAGAAGUUACUACACACACAAAAACUUUGUAUUCAAGAAGUCAGAAUGGACACACAGGUUCAGUACAAAUACAGGUUAGUGUAAGAGUGCCAGAAAUGGAAGUUAAAUAUAUUCCAAGUUUCAUUCAAGAAAUAAAAUGGGCAUGGCCACAAUAUCUGUCUCUCGUAGUGGUCUUCUAUUGGAUAUUUAACAAAAUUAAAAAGUUUGUGUUCAAUAACCGGUUGGUCAUGGCCUGGGAGAUACUACCUUGGAAGAAACAGCAAAUAGUAACAAAAAAGAAACAUUACUAGACAGAAAAUAGAACUAUGAAAUGUGUUGGUAACAUGUCUUCCUGCUUCUACAUAGUUAAAUGAAAGUGUUGUGAUUGUUAUUCUUAUUAGUAAUGGAAAUUAAUAUUUCUGCUUAUUCAUAUACUAUCCAGUGUACCUCAGAUUAUGAAUUAUAAUUAAAAGUCCAAAAUAUCCUACCAGAAAAUAAAAAUAUUGGUUAUAAA